AUGGUUGGGAUAGACGAGUUUUUCAAGGGUCAGCAUACAGGUAAGCAACCUUCAAAAGCGCGCGCCACUGGCACCUCCCGCAAACGCAAGGAGCAGCCUGUGAACAGUGCUUCUAACCCCAUCAACUUAGAGGACUCUGAAGAUGAACAUACCCUGGAAGCUAAAAAACCUUCAAAUCAAUUGAAAGCAGGCGUUUCUGUUGAGAUAGUCGAUGAGGAGCCACAGCCAAGGAAGCGCCAAAGGGCAACAGCUCCUGCGCCGAAGGCAAAAGCUUCUUCGCCUAAGAAGAGCCCUAAAUCCAAGAUUCAAUCUGCUGAGGCCGGAACAGCUGAAGCGCUACUUUCACAGAUACCUUCAGUUGAUCUUGACGCUGUGCAUGUGAAAGAAACUGCUCAAUUUGAUUUCAGGUCCAACGGCAACGCAGGAGAUUCUUCUCAGGCGGCUGCUGAGGAAGCAAACUUUCCAGAAGGGGCACCAAACUGCCUUCUAGGCUUAACUAUUGUUUUCACGGGCCAGCUUCCAACAAUUGAGCGUGGUGUCGCUGAGGCAAUUGCCAAGAGAUACGGUGCUCGCGUUACCAAGUCAAUUUCGAGCAAGACUUCAGUUGUGGUUCUUGGAGAUGAGGCAGGCCCAAAGAAGUUGGAGAAAAUAAAGCAAUUGAAAAUCAAGGCUAUAGACGAAGACGGUUUCAAGCAACUUGUUGCUGGAAUGCCUGAAGAAGGUGGAGAUGGCUCUGCUGCCGAGAAAGCCAGACAGAAGCUUAAGCAGCAAGAAGAAAAAGCCCAGAAAGACGCAGCUGAAAUGAUUAAAGUUGAAGAGGAACAGCGUGAAAAAGCUCGUAGAGUUCAGUCUAAAGCAAACACAGCGGACAAACGGGAGCCUGUCAGAGAAGAAGACAAGUUAUGGACGGUUAAGUACGCACCUACGUCACUUCAGCAUAUUUGUGGCAAUAAAACCAGCGUCAAUAAAUUGAAAACAUGGCUCAGUAACUGGAGGACAUAUCAGAAGCAAGGUUUCAAGAAUGCUGGUAGAGACGGGUUUGGCGUUUUUAGGGCAGCGAUGGUUUAUGGUCCACCAGGUAUAGGUAAAACAACAGCUGCGCAUCUUGCUGCAAAAGAGCUAGGAUAUGACAUACUUGAACGGAAUGCUUCCGACGUCCGUUCCAAGUCUCUUUUGAAUGCAGGUGUGAAAAAUGCGCUCGAUAACACCUCUGUUGUUGGAUUUUUCAAAAGCAAACACGAUGGCGAUGUCAAUCAAAAGAAUUUUGUUAUUAUAAUGGACGAGGUUGAUGGUAUGAGUGGCGGUGACAGAGGGGGUGUCGGUCAAAUGGCGCAAUUUUGCCGAAAGUCUUCUAUGCCCAUGAUUUUGAUCUGCAACGAAAGGAAUUCUCCCAAGAUGAGACCUUUCGACAGAGUCUGUUUGGACAUUCAGUUCCGAAGACCAGAUCCCACAAGCAUUAAGGCCAGGUUGAUGACCGUCGCCGUAAGAGAAAAAUUUCAGCUUGACCCUAAUAUCAUAGAUAAGCUUGUGGAAGCUACAAGGGGCGACAUUAGGCAAUUGAUUAACCUCCUCUCGACAAUAUCCACUACCACCAAAAAAAUUGGGCAUGAAAAUGCACAAGAGAUCGCAAAGGCAUGGGAGAAGAACAUUGCCCUCAAGCCUUUUGAUAUAGCCCACAAACUCUUUGAUGGUCGCAUUUACUCCGAUGUGGGAUCGAAAAGUUUUCCGUUAUACAAAAAGAUCGAACUUUAUUUUGACGAUUUCGACUUUGCGCCAUUGAUGAUUCAGGAAAACUACUUGCAAACAAGACCCUCGGUUUUAAAGCCCGGACAAUCACAUUUAGCCGCAGUUGCAGACGCGGCAGAAAGUAUUUCACAAGGAGAUUUAGUUGAAAGGAAAAUACGAAGCAGCGAACAGUUAUGGAGUUUGUUGCCAUUCCAUGCUAUUAUGUCUUCAGUUAGGCCAGCUUCUAAAGUUGCAGGCCAAAUGGCAGGACGUAUUAACUUUACUUCUUGGCUAGGCCAAAACUCCAAGAUGGGCAAAUAUUAUAGACUGCUGCAAGAAAUCCAAUAUCACACAAGACUCAGCACGUCAACAGAUAAGCUAGGCUUGAGGAUGGACUACAUGCCAACGAUGAAGAAAAGGCUACUGGAUCCACUCGUCGAAAGAGGGAAUGACGCGGUGCCUGAGGUGAUUCAAACGAUGGAUGACUAUUACCUUUCAAAGGAAGACUGGGAUUCGAUAAUGGAGUUUAUGAUCGGUUCAGAUAAAACAGAUCUCCAGAUAAAGAAGAUCCCUACUGCUGUGAAAAGCGGUUUCACUAGAAAAUAUAACUCGAUGGUUCACCCCGUUGCCAUAUACAAAACAGGAUCUACAACUGCAGUAGGUGCAAAACCUGCAGCAACCCCUGACUUUGAAGACAUCGUAGACGCUGACGACAACGUACCGCCUGCCGAUGAAGACGAAGAAUCCAAAGAAGACACAGACUUCAAGAAGGAUAAGCUAAUCAAGCAAGGUAAACCUAAGGUUGCUAGUAAAAGAGCCGGAAGCACUGCAAAAAAAUCGGCUGCAGCAAAAAAGCGUAAAACCAAAUAG